UCCCGCCUCUCAGCCUCGCUGGCACGUCGCGCAGUCCAAGCUGCCCCUAGCCAGCACAGACCCGUCUGCGUCCGGGCCACGUCGCUCGACGCCCUCGCGCUACUUACACCCGGGUACCGUAAUUACAACCACCAAUCCGCACCAUGUCCAGCGUCUCUGGACUUACCCCGUCUCUUACACCGGGCUCUUCUCGCCAGUCGACACCAGAGCCCCCGGUCCAGCCUGACCAUUUCUACGGCGCAGACAACAACGCAAAUCUCCCCCCGUCGCCCCGUUCCGACGGCAGGCCAUGGCUCCACCCCGACGACGAUCCGUGGGCGCACCUCGGCAUCCCCGUCUUCAAGCCCACCAUCGAGGAGUUCCGCGACUUUGAAGCGUAUUUGAACCGAGUAGAGCCGUGGGGCAUGAAGAGUGGUAUCGUGAAGGUAAUCCCGCCAAAGGAGUGGACCGACUCCCUCCCGCCACUGAACGAGCAGCUGGGCCAAGUGAGACUCAAGAACCCGAUCGAGCAGCACAUGUUCGGCCACGGCGGCCUGUUCCGGCAGGAGAACGUGGAAAAGCGGCGCACCAUGAGCGUGCGCGAGUGGGCCGAGCUCUGCUCAAAGGACGAACUGCGCGCACCCGGCGUCGACGACGUCGGCCUCCACGCCCGCUCGGCCAACGCGUCCGCGGGCGCGAGCACCCGAUCGCGCACCCGCCGCACGCGCAGAAACACCAGAAGGGAGUCGGAGACUGCCGAGCCUGAUCGUGAGUCCGAAGCGCACGCGAUCAAGCUGGAGGACGUCGAUCCACCCGUGCACGUCGCCCCCGACGCCGCUGAGCAGUCUCUCGCUUCUCCUCCCAACAGCGCCGCCGCUCUGCCUACGCCACCCGCCGCUGAACCGUCUGCAGAGGCCCCGCAUGCCAUAAACCAACAGGAAGAUGCCGCAAACGAGCAGGUGGCAGAGGAAGAUGCGCCGCACGAAGAUGAAGAACUAGCAGAAAAACAGGAGGAAGAGGAGGAGGAAGAGGAGGUCAAGCAGCCCAAGGGUAAACGGAAGCGCGCCACACAGUCGCGGCAAGCACGGGAGGCCAGCCUGGCCGACCGGGCGGCCAAGGAUAAGGUCUUCCUCGAGUCAUUCGACCCGCACUCCGAUUGGCUUCCCUCGAAUACCACACCCUUCGAUUACACGCCCGACUUUUGCAAAGAGCUGGAGAGGAGGUAUUGGAGAAACUGCGGACUGGGCAAGCCGGCAUGGUAUGGCGCGGACAUGCAGGGUUCUCUGUUCACGGAUGAGACCCAAUCGUGGAACGUCGCUCACCUGGAUUCGACGCUGUCUCGCCUGCUUCCGGCGUCGUCGAAGGGCCUGCCUGGUGUCAACACACCCUAUCUAUACUUUGGCAUGUGGCGAGCGACGUUCGCGUGGCACGUCGAGGACAUGGAUCUGUUCAGCAUCAACUACAUCCACUUCGGUGCCCCGAAGUUCUGGUACGCGAUGCCUCAGGUGAAGGCGCCAACCCUCGAGACCGCCAUGAGAGGCUACUUCCCCUCGGACGUAUCCCACUGCAAGCAGUUCCUGCGACACAAGUCGUUCCUUGCGUCACCACAAUUACUAUCACGAUCGACAUGUCGGCCGAACACGCUCGUCCAGCGUGCGGGCGAGUUUGUCAUCACCUUCCCUAGGGGCUACCACGCUGGCUUCAAUCUUGGGUUCAACUGUGCGGAGAGCGUGAACUUUGCGCUUGACAGCUGGAUAGACAUCGGGAGGAAGGCGAAGGCGUGUGCCUGCGUCAACUUCAGUGUCCGCAUCGAUGUCGACCAGUUAUUGCACGAUCGCGAAGCUGAGCGCAUACAAGUCGCUCGCACAAAGCCUCGGUCCACCGGCCCGCCCAAAUCCGACAAAGCAGCGAAAUCGAAGGUUUCGCCCCUCAAGCGGAAGGCAUCGGGCGAGGAGAACCCCAGCCCGCCCAAGAAGCACAAGUCGAGCAAAUCGAAGAAGAGCGAGAACCGCUCUGUAGGCGCGGACGCCCCCGCGUCGGGGUCGGGCAGCACGAGCGUGCCGACGAAGGUGACGCUGAGGCUCCCGCCGAAACCGAAGGAGCCGGACGUGUUCCCGUGCUGUCUGUGCGUGUCGAUGGCGAAGGAGAACUUGCUGCGGGUGCAUGACCCUCCGCUGUGGCAGAUGGAGGGCGAGGGCGGGUCGAGCGUGCAAGCGAGCGGCGGCGUGUGGAUGGCACACGAGUCGUGUGCGAGCGUCGUGCCGGAGACGUGGGUGGACGAGAUUGACGUAGGGGAGAUGAGGGCGGAUGGGAGCCGCGCGAAGGAGAGGGUCGUCUUUGGGGUGGAUGCGAUCGUCAAGGAUAGGUGGAACCUGAAAUGCUCUGCGUGCACGAAGACGCGGUACAAGGCGCAUGGAGCUCCGAUCCAGUGCACGAAGGGCAAGUGCCCGAAGGCGUUCCACGUAUCGUGUGCGCGCAGCGGUGGCGACAACAAUAUCGUGUAUCAGGAGGUCAGGGAGGUCGAGAAGGAGGUCGUCUUGUUGGACUCGCGUCAGCCCAACGCUGUGAAUAUUCCGCCCGGGGCACCCAGUACUGGUGUCGCGGGCACGGAACAAGCUAUGCCGAUUGACCCAAGCUUGACAAUCGCUUCUGCGCUCGCCACGCCUAGCUUUGCACAAUCUGAGCCCCGUGUCUUAAAGCUCAUCAAGAAGAUCGAGGUACAAGUUCUAUGCCCGCAACACAACCCUGCUGUUGCGGAAGCAAAGCGGGCUGUCAAGCAGGAGAAGAUUAGGAACGACUUGCUCGCUCUGCCGCCGAUGUCGCGGAUCAAAUUGCGCGUAAGCGCGGGCGUGUUCGAGGUCUCCCUCGUCCGUAUCAUCGAAGAGUCGUCCUCGGUGGAGGUACUCUGGGACCGCGGUCUCAAGCGAGAGUUCAAGUGGGGUAGUGUUGUGUUCGGAAACGUGGAAGGGGUGCCUAUUGGGCAGAAACCGUCAGAGCCCGCACCCGAACCAGAUCCCAACGCGCCAAAGCCUUCAUCCAGUCAAUCACGGUUCCGGUUUGCUCCUCUGUCAUCCGUAGUGCCCACCCUAGAAUAUCGAUCGACCCGGACCCCGGUGUCAGCAACUCCUGUUGCUGGGCCAUCUACUACCCCUUCGGCCAGUGCUCCUCCUGCACCCGCACCCGCACCUGCACCUGCACCUUCGCCCGCGCCCGCAGCGCAACAUCAUACUCAUUCCCAGGCACCUCCGUACGCCACUGGUGCCAACUACCACUAUGCCCCGACGAACUGGCGGUAUCACCAUCCCCAGUCGGCCUCGCAUUACGCGCCACAGCCUCCCACUUACUCGUACUCCAAUCCGGCGCACCAGCCGUACUCGACCACGACAUCGUACGAGUCGUACUCGAUGUAUGCACAAGCGCAGUCGUCGCGCGGGUUGCAGUGGCAGCGCCCGUACACAGGCCCGAAAAUCACGCAGCCUGCGCCCCAGACGACGGGCCCAGGAGUUCAAGGGUCUUCGUACUACAUGUAUCCGCACGGUCCUACGGGUCCGAUGGGAGCAUCCACCCACCAAUGGUCGACUGCGUACAAUCACACCUCUCCGGGACCGCCCGCCUCGAACAACAGUGCUGCUACACCCGCCCAUAUGCCCGCCGCAACACCUGCGCCUGCUGCUGCUUCGACUCCUGCUUCUCAGUAGUUUCAAUGGGAUAGGACACUCGUGAGGUCGUAUACAUGUAUGUGUGUAUCAUUAUUUGCUUUCUAUUGCGGACACCGUGAUUG